CGGUGAGUUAAGAUCUACGGAUACAAUCACAAAUCACAACAAAUCGAACGGUUAUAAACAAAUCCCAUCACUUGAACCGACAUAUCAAACCCGGGAAAAUCUUAAACCUAUGCGCCAAAGGCCCAGAGAAGAGAGAACUCAUAGCGCAAUUUAGCAAAACACCUCUCACAAACAAAACUUAUACUUUCCCCAAAAUACCCUUAAAUGUUAAAAACGGCACUUCGUAUAUAAACCAAACUCUUCUUUCUCUCAAAAGCCACAGAGCAAAAAUAAAUUCCCCAAACAAAGAAAGAAGACGAAAGCGAGAGAGAAGGUUUAGGUCUUUUUUUCUUCCAAUGGCGACGACGACGGGACACGAGAGAUCGAAGGCUCUUUCCAAUUUCUCGCUACCGAACUUAUGGGGCACUCGAAGACAACUAAGGUGUAUGAAGGCCGCUGAUGAUUCCGACGGUGGUUCUAGCUCCGGCGGUGAUCAAAGACUCCGACGCCGAUCUUCGAAUUCCGAAUUAGAUCAUCGGAAUCGACGGUCUCAGGUCGAGGAAUCGUCUGAGAAAGAAGGAAUCGAAGAGUUUAGGGAGAAGAUUAUGUUAGAUCUUAGAAACGUUGCUGAUAAGAUGACCGAAUCGAUUUUUAGGGAACAAUUCCUCGUCGGCGACGACCCGGAACCGGAGACAGAGACGGAGAUGGAGAUGGAGAUGGAGGAUUCUCCUCCUCCGCCGCCGGAAGCGCCGGGAGAGACGGUGGAGGUACGGCCGUGGAAUUUGAGGAAGAGGAGAGCUGCUUGUAAAGCUCCGGUUCCGAGGGUUGAUUCGAAUCAGUACAAAGGGUUAGGGGUUGAGGAGAACAAACGAGUAGUGAAGGAUUCGGUUUCGGGAGUUAAGAUGAGGUUUGAGGAUACGUUGUCUAAGAAAGAGAUUGAAGAUGAUUACAUGAAGAUCUUUGGGCAACGACCACCGCGUAGGCCUAAGAAACGUUCUCGAACCGUUCAGAGACAGAUCGAUGUAAAAGCUCGAAUCUUUUUUGGUGUUUUUAUUGGUAAUGUGAAAUUUGUUUUAUUUUGGGGUUUUUGUUUUGGGUUGCAGUUGUUGAAUCCAGCUUCUUAUAUAACUGAAAUUACUGAGGAGCUUUACAAUGUUCGUGACCAAGCUGAGAGGGGAAAGAGAUGAUGAUGAUGGAUUGAGGAAGGAGUUUCAUUGCCUUAAUUUGCUGACUUGUGGGAUCGGGUUGAAGUUUGUGAAUUGGUCUUUUUUUUUAUUUUUAGUUAUUCAUUGUUUAGUUUUGGGUUUCUUGUUAUGUUCAUUAGCUGAGAAUAACCUGUACAAAUGAUAUGGGAACAAAAAGUAGGUUCUGUUUCAUUAGAUCACUACUCUUUUGUUUUUUCUUCAGUAAGGCAGCAAAGAAAAGCCAAUAUUAAAUCAAAUAAUAAGAUUUAACAUUUUUAUCAAA